CCACGAUGAAACCACACAAGUGAAGAUCGACAUCAUGGCGCCGGCCCUGGCACCAAAAGAAGUCUCCGAACCCUUCCCCAUCUCCUGCGUUGCAGGACGACACCUCCUUUUCGACGUCGACGUGAUCUCGCAUGUCCGUCGCAACCACAAUAUUUGUGGCGUUCUGGUCGGCACGAUACCGAACCUAUCGCAGCAAAAUGUCUUCCUAGGCAUCCCGCUUGAGCUCAUGUCUGAAGAGGCACGAGUGCUUGUGGAGGGAGGACAUGCGUACAUCGUUGACGAUGUAGAAACACACCGUCAGGGAUUCCAAGAGAUGAGCAGAGCAGAUAGGUUGAAGUACCUGGCGGAGAUGGACCGUCAAGGUACUGAGGCCGCAAAAGAGAGUUUGGCGGCACAGGAGAAGAAGAAGGAUAUCGCGCUCAAGAAGAAGGGGUGGAGGAAGGAGGUCGUUGAGACCGAGACAGCUCCAAGUGUCGCGGAUAGUACUGCGACAGUUGAGAGCACAGCGGACAGCACAGCCUCUGAUGCGACGGUCCAUGUCGAGCUACCCAGCCCUGCUGGCUCUGGUCUUGGCUUCAUCAUGAAGGGUUCAGGGUUUGUGGAGCCGCAGUCAUCAGCCAACACAGCUUCAGUACCGUCGAUACCAUCAGAGUCAUCAGGCACUGUCGCUUCUGACCUCGGCUCGUCGUUUGUUGACCUUGGCUCGAUCAUGAAAGGAUCCUCGUUCCUGGACCCCUCAUCAGUGUCAGCAAAGUCGGAAGCCGUUGCUGCACCUGUCAGCGAUGCUGCGCCAUCCUCUCCACACACUUCCGACCUCGGCUCGUCCUUCUCUGAUCUUGGCUCGAUCAUGAAAGGCUCCUCCUUCCUGGAGCUUGCGCCGGUGGAGGUGAAGGUUGAGAAGGUCGAAGUGGAGGAGGCUAUGCCGCUCUUGGUCAAGGAAGAAGAAGCUGGUCCCGAGGAAGUGAAGCUGGCGGAAGCCCAGCUCGAAGAAGCCAUGCAGGAGGAGUUCAAGGCUGUAACCGCCGAUGACCCGGAGGAGGUCGACUUGCGAGAAGCUGUGCCGCCAAUGGGUGGAAUAGAGGCCGAGCCAGCAGAGGAUCCACAAGAGGUCGACCCAUCCACCGCCUCGACCUCGCUCUUCGAGUCUGAGCCCGCCCCAUCCGCUCCUCCAGUGAAGAGCACCUUGAAGAGUGUCUUUGCCCAACGCCAGUACAUCACCCCCACCACAUCCACACCUCCUCUACCAACCCCACCGCAAGACUCCUCCCGUCCCCUCCCAGUAGUCCCCAAGAGCUACCCACUCUUCCGCUUCCUGCACUCGCGCGGCUACUUCUUCAUGCCCGGGCUGCGCUUCGGCUGCAACUACUCCGUCUACCCCGGCGAUCCUCUGCGGUACCACAGCCACUUCCUCGCCACGGGACUGGGCUGGGAUGAGAAGUUCGAUUUGCUGGAUAUUGUGGGUGGAGGCCGUUUGGGUACGGGGACGAAGAAGGCGUAUAUGGUUGGUGGAGAGGAUCCCAAGGCGCCGAAGGAGGAUAACGUUCGCGCGUUCUCUGUGGAAUGGGCGUCGAUGUAAGAAUAUAGAGAGCGUUUAUGGUGUGCGUGAUGAAGCGAAGCAUGACUCGUAAUGUAUACAUG